CUGCGGUCCAACGCUGAUGCAAGAAAAUUUCGGCGCAGCGGUGAGGCUCAUCGAGGGAGACAGAGUAGCCAGAUUUUUGUCACUUUUCAGGCCGCAAACAUGUCAGGAGACGAGAUGAUUUUCGAUCCCAACAUGACCAAGAAGAAGAAGAAGAAGAAGAAGCCCUUCAUGCUGGAUGAGGAAGGAGGAGAAGGGAUGGGAGGAGAAGAGGCUAAAGAGGUGGAGGCCAAGGAGGCCGAACCAGAGGCUGGAGAGGACAAAGAGAUGGAUUUCGAUGAAGAUGAAGGCAGGAAGAAAGAGCCCUCUGAUGAUUUGAACGACCUGAACUUCUUCAACCAGAAGAAAAAGAAGAAGAAACCCAAGAAAGUAUUUGACAAUGAGAUCGAGGAGGGAUUAAAGGAGCUGAAAAUUGAAGGAGAGCAGACAGAGGCGCUGGAGGAGGACAACCUGGAUUUGAUGCUUCCCGAAAAAAAGAAGAAGCCAAAGAAAGUAGCCUUCGAUGAGGGAGAGGCGCUGGAGAAAGACGACGCACUGGAGGACGAUGAGGGGAAGAACAACGAUGGAAUCUCGUUCAGCUCCUCCACGGGACCAGCCUGGGCGGGCUCGGAAAGAGACUACACUUACGAUGAGCUCCUCAACCGAGUCUUCAACAUCAUGAGAGAGAAGAACCCGGACAUGGUGGCCGGAGAGAAGAGGAAGUUUGUGAUGAAGCCUCCUCAGGUGGUCCGAGUGGGAACCAAGAAAACCUCCUUUGUCAACUUCACAGACAUCUGCAAACUGUUGCAUCGUCAGCCUAAACAUCUCCUCGCUUUUCUGCUGGCUGAGUUGGGAACAAGCGGCUCCAUAGAUGGAAAUAAUCAGCUUGUGAUCAAAGGCAGAUUUCAACAGAAACAGAUAGAAAACGUGUUGAGAAGAUAUAUCAAGGAAUAUGUGACGUGUCACACCUGCCGCUCCCCAGAAACCAUCCUGCAGAAGGACACUCGUCUCUAUUUCCUGCAGUGCGAGACGUGCCACUCCCGCUGCUCUGUCGCCAGCAUCAAGACCGGCUUCCAGGCUGUGACGGGCAAGAGGGCACAGCUCCGUGCCAAAGCCAACUAAAGGCCAUGAAAACUGGGCUCCCCCACCUCUCUCGGCCUUCCCUUUUCCCCUCAGAAGGGCCGGAGCUGGGGUCGGAGGCCUCCAUGAUUUGCUAAAAGGACUCUCUGAAUCGAACUGCGGGAGGGUUUGGCUGUCGUUUAGUUGUGUCAUGGCCUGACCGGGGCAGGGAGUGAGAGAGUAUCGAAAGCCGACUGAUGGGGUUCAGGCACCGAAAGCAGAUGAUGUUUCACCACAUACACCGUUGGAUGCAUUCGAUUUGUUGUUUGGCUGAUGAACCCUCCACCUCUUAGGUUGUUGUUUUUUUUUUCCCAUUUGCUGUGAUUCUUGAUUCCUCCAAGAAAAGCCUGAUUUAACACAGCUUAAGUCCUUCCUCAUUCUUUAUCUUCACACUUUACAGAGUAUUUGUUUGGAUUAAAAAGCAAAACAACAAAAACACAUUUCUCCAUGCAACCAACCAAAUUGUAGUUAAGUUCAUCUGCAGUGGCUGAGCUUAGGAUGCUCUGGUGACUGUAGCCAUGGUCUCUUCUUUUUUUUUUUUUUCUUGAGCUCAGUGUCGCUUAAACUAAUAGUUGUGCCCUUUACCUGGUCUGGCUGGAAAUCACAAAACUGUCAGUCCAGAAUUUUCUGCCCAAGCUUAUAAUAGAAAAAAAAAUAAAGUCACCAGGGCAGGAAUACUUACAGGACGACCUGUCAGCAAAACCAGUCUGUGAAAAACUUCUAUUACAGACCUGCUUUUGAUCAUUUUAUAGCAGAAGAUGACACAAACUCAAGCUACUUAGGGCUGAUAAAGGAGAGAGCACCGUUAAUAGGACUUUAAUGGGGAGGUUGUGUGUGAGACAGAAAUAGAAACGAUACAGUGUGUUUGAGUGCUUUUGUGGCAUUGACGAGCAGUUGUGUACUUUAUUUCUCUGACUUCAGAAGAUUAGAUGAACAAAUUUUAUCAAACAGUGGAGAUUGGAUUAGAGCAAUUUGAAAAUCUGUGAAAUUCAUUUCUGGUAUUGAGAGCAGGUUUCUUGAGCUGAUACCGGUCCCCGAAAACAACAACUUCUGAGCAGGCACCUCAGGUCGGUCUCCUACAGGCUGUUCUUUUCCUGUGCGAUUAAAAGAAAUUUACACCACGAUGUAUCCAGGAUAUGAGUUUCAGUCCAGUGAUACUGGGCAUGUGAUAUUGGUUCUGUUUGGUUCUGUUCUUGUUUGAAAGGAAUGUGGAUAAGAAGGUCUGGCUGGAAUCAUUUUAAAACCUGGUUUUUACAAAAAUAAAAUAUUCUACUCUCUCUCUCUCCA